AUGAGAUGUAUGUUCUUUCUGCGACAAACAAAAAGGUUUCUAUUGAGCUGCUGGGUAUAGAUAAAAUUCAAAACAAGCUGAGUCGAUUUGAGGAGUUGACAAGUGUAUCACUUGCUUAUUUAGGGGUUAGUUCAGCUGGACCCCCAGGUCAUAUCAAUACAACUAUACCAAGAUUAAAGGAGCUUGAUUUGACUGGAAAUCUGCUUUUUGAUUGGAGGGAAAUUGCUGCAAUCUGUAAAGACUUACCAGCUCUUGUAACUCUGAACUUAUCAUACAACAUCAUGUCUCACGAUAUAAGUGGGAUGCCCCUGCUAAAUCACAUCAAAGUUGUUGUUUUGAACCACACUGGUAUAUGUUGGAAACAGGUCGAAAUGCUUAAAGACUCUCUCCCUCUUGUGGAAGAGCUCCAUCUGAUGGGAAACAAACUGAGAGGAAUAACGCCAUUAUCUUCAGAUAUUGUUCAUGGAUUUGAUUCUCUUCGUCUUCUCAAUUUGGAGAAUAACUUUAUAGCCUCCUGGGAUGAAAUCUUGAAGUUGUCACAGUUAAAAAGAUUGGAACAGCUCUUUUUGAAUAACAACUGUAUCAGUCAUAUCUGGUACCCUGAUCAUAAUUCAUUAUCUAAACCACCCAACAGUCAUGAACUUCUUGGGGAAAGCUUUAGGCCUUUCCAGAAUCUUUGUUGCCUUCUUGUGGGAGGGAACAAAAUUGAAGAUUUUUCUUCUAUUGAUACUCUUAAUCUUUUUCCUAAUUUGUUGGAUAUAAGGCUUUCUGAGAAUCCAAUAGCAGAUCCAGGGAAAGGUGGCGUGCCCCGGUUUGUUUUUAUUGCUCGCCUUGCAAAAGUUGAAAUUUUAAAUGGAAGCCAGGUUAGUCCUCGAGAGAGGAAGGAAUCUGAAAUUCGGUAUGUGCGUUUGGUCAUGUCUAAAUGCCACGAUAACCCAGAGGAAAUUAAGAAGCUUCACCCCAGAUUUGCAGAGCUGAAAAAAUUUCAUGGGAUUGAGAAUGAAAAGGUUGCAAAUGGAGCAACAGUUCCACAAAAGAUGUCAUCGAGCCUCAUUUCUAUUACCCUUAAGUGUGUUGCAGCAUCAAUUGGUGAGAAAGCCCCAUUGACUAAAAAGCUGCCUGCGACAACAACAGUCGCCAAGCUGAAAAUCCUUUGUGAGAGUUUCUUCAAGAUAAAAUCUGUUAAGCCAAAGUUGUUUCUUCAAGAAGAGAAGCUGUUUUGGACUUCUCAGGGUUCCCCAUUACCAACACUGCUUGAUGAUGAUAUGACAUCCUUAUUUGAUUUUGGAGUUGGCAAUGGAUCAACAAUUCUUGUGGACGAGGAGUGUUAAUGUCAUAAGAAAUCUUGGAACGUCCAGUGGAUCUUCAUCACUCACUAACAUUAUUGGAAUGUCUUUGUUGAGUCCUGCACUUUUAAGUUUCUGCUCCAGAAAUGUUUUCAUGACUCCUUCCUUUCCUUUUCAUCUCUCUCAAAGGUAAUUAUACCAGAUUGCUGGAUGUUUGGUUUGGUUUUCUAUCUAAUACAUGAAGAUGCUUUUGAGACACUACAAUAUGUGCAUGAUUAUGGGGCAAUGCUAGUGUUGUCUUUAGCUUUUAAGUAUGUUGACCGACAUUUGGGCUAUGUGCUAGUUCCAGCCGCCAAGGCAUGGGUCGUGGAAUGAAGUGAAACAAGAAAUGUGUGUAGAACAUGAGUGUCAAGAAUUUUCACAUGGAGCCAAAUUGGGCAUUUGUGACGAUCCACUAGAGUUUCUCCAACAACUAAUCCUUUUUCUUCUUUUGAUCUGCAAACUAUUACAUUGUGAGUUUUAAUAUGAUUCUGUUAUGAACUAUUAUAAGUAUAUAAUAUGAAUGUCCACUCCUCUUCUCAACAAUGUAAAUACUGCCCCAUUACUACUAUUCACCAUCAUGGUUAUGACUCCACACCUUUCGUAACCUUCCCCUUAACCUUCAUGGUUACUUUUUGUAUGCCUCUAUAUAAUAUUAAAAAUAAAGGCAUAAGAAUUCAUAUUGUAUAACACUUAAAAAAGAUAAAUACAUUUGGAUGAAUAAGAAAAGUUCUCCUCUCUUGUUUCUCUA